CUUCGAUCCUCGUUAAUGGUAAAUGGAAUGUUGAGCACAAGAUCAUGAGAAGAAUUCUAGCGGGGAAGAAGAUUUUGAAUCGGAUCCCAUGUCCGAACCGAUCCUUUUGCUCAACCUCCGGAAACAACAAACCCACUACGACCGGCGGCGGCGCCACUCGCGAUGGGUCUUCUUCUUCUCCAUCGUUGAGUAAGUACGAUGAACAAUACAAAGCUCUUGAAGACCUCGAUUUUGUGAAAGCCGCGAAAAUCCUCUUCUCCGACCCUCCCAAGAAGAAGAAAUUUGGGUUGGAUUUCCAUCUGGUGCAGCUAUUCUUUGCUUGCUUGCCGUCGUUGGCUGUGUAUCUUGUUGCUCAGUAUGCCCGCGAGAAAUGA